AUGACUACACAAGAAAGGCUUGGUUCUAAAGCCACCAAGAAACGUCUGUCUCCAGAAACUCUAGAGCUGAUACGUCACCGUGGAGCUGCACGAGCCGCAGGGAACCAAGCACUCACGUCCGAGCUCGCAAGGCUUUGCAGAGAAGCGAUAAAGGAAGACCCUAAAGAGAGAAGAGCAGAAGUGCUGGCUGAAGCUGCAGAGGCGGGGAAAAGCAUCCACUAUGCCCGUCGAGACUUCGCCAGUCGCAAGACGAGGAUGACUGCUCUCCGGAACCCAAAGGGAACAACCAUUGCAUCGUGA